GACGACGUUGUAAACACCUACAAGCAAUGACACAAGAUAGCAGUAGCACACGGCGCGACUGGAAAGACUUGUUUGCGGUGCCGCCGGUCAUUAAGCAAGUGUUUGCAAAGUUCCCUCUGUCGACAUACACCCCCAAUGCGCUGCCGACGCGCUCACCGAAGCACAGAGACCAACACACUCUCUACACGUGGACAACAGCAGAAGACGCCUCUGCAAGCAAUGCCUCGUUCAAUCCAACAUGCCUGAAAUGGCAGACAUAUCUCCUAUUCAACAACAUCCCCUUCUGCACACAAUCCUCCAACAACCACGCCUCGCCCUCGGGCUCUCUACCCUUCCUCCUCCCAGCAAACAAUUCCAAACCAAUCCCCUCGAGCAAGCUUGAAUCCUGGUCUACCACACAUAGCAAAAGCAAGAGCUCAGACACAACACAAGCUUCGCGACAGGACGUGUAUACAUCACUACUCGAACACGCCGUGAGAAGGGCAUGGCUAUACCUCCUCUACCUCGACCCCGACAACUUCGACCACGUCGCACGCCACUUAUAUGUCUCACCAUCCUCGUCGAACACAUUUGUCGCCCUCGCCAUAUCGCAUCAAUUGCGCAAUGCCGCUAGUCAAGAGUUGUUGAAGAUCACACCCGUCGUGGAAGCACAGGAUAUCCUGGACGAAGCUGUAGACGCUUUCUCCGCUCUCUCGAUAUUACUAGAUGGAGAUGACUGGUUCUUUGGAAACGAGAAGCCCGGCUUGUUUGAUGCGAGUGUUUUUGCGUAUACCCAUUUGUUGCUGGCAGAAGAGAUGGGCUGGAAGAACAACACUCUGGCUGAGAAGUUGGCCACUUUCCAGAACUUGGUCCAGCAUCGCGAUCGCAUUGUCAACGAGUAUUACCAGUCAUGAGAUGAUUGAUUUCCGCCUACCUCCCCUCAAGAUACCGCUCUUUGUACAUAUAUAUCCUCCCUCUAUACCAAUCUCGGCUCCCCAGCUGAAUGUACAAUUACAAUCAACAUCAGCCACUAGUCCACAGUGUAGUCACUACGCGAGCAACCUAAAUUGUACACCAGUCAGCUCGCACUCACUGCGUAGCCACAACAGGCAUGGCUGAAAUAGAGAGCGACAUAUACCCACUACCCACCACCUCUCACACCUCGAACCUGUGCAUAGAUAUGUAGAACCACAUCCAACCGUCAACUCUUCGUUCCUAUACAUGACCAAGCC